AUGUCGUUUGCUGAUAGCUUUUGGUGUCAAGACUAUGAACUGGGAUUCCUGGUUCUAUUCAACCAAUUGGAAGAAGGAAUCAAAGAGAAUGAAGACUUUGUAGAAUUGUUCAGAAGACGCAUGGAACUGGAGAAUGCUUAUGGUAAUAAAUUGCUGAUGAUUCAAGGGAAUGGAAAAUCAAGUAGACAAAAGAAUGAUGACUUUGUUUCUACCAUUAAGAAUGCAUAUGAAAAGAUAACUGAAGCAUUUAGUGAUGAAAGUGAGUUUCACCUUCAAGUUGGGUCCAAUAUUGAUAUGAGAGUCAUUCAACCAUUUUCAAGAUGGUGUCUUGAACAUAAGCAAAGAGUCGAUUAUUCAAAGUAUAUCAUAUUUGAUAAAGUUCGAGAAUUCAAAAAUGCUAAAGCCAACGUUGAACGCACUCAAAAGAAAUAUUUUGCUAAAUGUAAAUUAUUAGGAGACUUCAAGUCUCAGUAUACUGAAGAGGAAAUUAAUGAUAUUCUUGAAGAGUUGGAAUUAGCAGAAAAUGAAGCAGCAGAUGAAACAAUUGGUGAAGAUGAAGAAGAACAAACGAGAGAAGAAAAUGUUUGGGAAAUUGGUCCUUUUUUAUAUACUGAAAAGGAAUUGGGUUCAUUUCUCUCCAAAAUCUUAGAUAAUAUCCCAUUAAAAGAUCAUAAAGUACCAAUUUUAGGUGUUUAUCAACAUGUUUGUUCGGGGAAUGAUUUGGCUCAAUAUCUUUUGGAAAAUGUUUCUGAAUUGAAGAUGAAUAUUAGUAAAGUUGAAGAUGUUGGUCAAAGUUUAGUUGAUUAUGGUUUCUUGAGAAUAAUUGGAUCAAUGAACAAUAAAUUUUUUAAUUCUUCUUCAUAUUAUUAUCAAUGGAAACCACUGGCUUUUGAAAGAGCUGGAAAACCUUUACCGGAGAGGCCAGCUACGGAAAGAUCUAGAUCUUCAAGUGUUAAAAUUACUCCAACAACUACAUCUCUUUCAAAUUAUUUGGAAGAUGUCAAAGAAGCCAUGGGUGUUACUAAAGUUGAUUUCACUGAUAAGACUCAAUUGGGAAAAUUAACUUCAGAUGUCAAACGAUUGGAUGCUAAAUAUUAUGAAGAUGUUGUUAAAUUGGAUCAUAUGAGAUGUUCACUUGAAGAACUGAUUAUAGACCAUUUAACAUUUAUGCAAAAAUGUGAAUUGGAUAGACUUCGAGCCAUUAAAAAGGUCGUGUUUGAUUUUAUUUCAGUAUUUUCUGUUUCCAAAGAUAAAAGUGAAAAAAUGAUUAAUGAAUUGGCAUUACUUGAAGAAACAAUUCAUCCAGCAAAUGAUUUAAAACUUUUAAUUGAAAACUAUGCCACAGGAAAAUUCAAACCACAAGUAAUCUUAUAUGAAAACUAUGAUGAAUCGGAAAUCAAGCAAACUUUUGGUGUUGAUUUGUCAUCAAAGGCAAGAAUUGAUAAGAAAGUAGUCCCAUUAAUUGUCCAAGCAGUAUUAUCUCAUUUGGAUAAAAUAUAUCCUGAAAUGGAAAAUGAUCAACAAAGAUUAGAUCUUUGGACAAAUCCAAUUGGAAUUGCACAAGUUCAUACAUUAAGAUUUGAAGUUAAUGCUGCAACAGAUAUCAAUCAAAUUAGAACUUCUUUGGAAAAGUUUCCUCCAAUUGUUGUGACUAAUUUGCUUAAACUUUAUUUGAUGGAACUUCCAGAUUCAAUUAUCCCCAGUAAAUCAUAUGAUUUGAUCAAGUUGCUUUAUACCAAUCAUCCAGCUAAUGACCCCUCUCAAUCAGAAAAGAGAAUGAGAGGUUUACAAAAUGUUUUGGUCAAUAUACCAAAGAGUAAUUUAGCAACCUUAGAUGCAUUACUUACCCAUUUAAAAAGAUUAAUAGGAAUUAUUGGAUCUGCAAAUAAGGAUUUGGCAACAGAAUUACAAACUCAACUUGCUAAAGAAUUUGGUAACUUGAUUAAUCGACCACUGUUAGAAUUUGUGUUAAAUUCUGAUCCAGCAAGCAAAUUGUUGAAUGAAAAACAUCAAUUUACAUUCGUGAAUGAGUUAUUUGAUGAGAAGGAAACCAUUUUCCAAGAAUUAAGAAGACUCAACAGUCAAAGAAAGAAAGAUAUUAGCAGAUCCAAUAGUAAUUCUACUAGAGAAGAACAAUUGAAGCUAAAUAAAACUUCAACACCUUCUAGAACAACAUCUAUUGUAUCUAAAACAAGGUUGGAAUCUAAAUUACAAAGUGCUGUGAAUAAGUCUUUAAAUGUGAAGAAACUGAAUUCGUCACCUCCAGUGGAAUCAGAUAAAGAAGAGAAGGAUGAUGGUGGGUCCAGAAGUCCUUCAAGAACAUCAACCCCACUUCUGUUGAAGAGAUCCACUUCUCCAAAUAAGAAGAAAUUGAACUCCAUGUUGUUGGAAGAUCAAUGA